AUAAACAGCACUGGUUAAAGGACUCAAUCGCGCUUCCGACGCCGGCGCCGACGCUUCGUCGCUGUUUCUUGAGAGGCUUCGGGCCUGGCAGCCUGACCAUCUCCGUAGCCGCUCCUGUCACCCGCCGCCAUGUCUGUCAUGUUACAGACACCUUCCCGAGCCUCGACCGCGUCCUCCUCCUCGUUUCAGCCCAUAUCCCGCCAGAACACAAUGUCCUCCUACGAUGGCUCGCGGUCCGCCCGCCAGUCAAAGCGAUAUUCCAUGUCGGCUUUGUACAUGUCCAUGUCCGCCAAUGAGUCCGACCUGGUCAUCGAAGACGAUCUCGCCAAAGCGCAAAAGGUAUUGCGGGACCUCAAGUCCAAAAUUUCAUCGCAGUCAAAAAAGAACUUUGUCCUCGAGAAGGAUGUUCGCUAUCUGGACUCGCGCAUCGCCCUGUUGAUUCAGAACCGUAUGGCCCUGGAGGAGCAAAACGAAGUCGCAAGCCACCUUGAGGACGCUGCCGAGAUGCAGGAGGGCACCUUUCCCAACGACGAGAAAACUCAAAGAUAUGGGAAUCUCAUGUUCCUGCUGCAGUCGGAACCCAGGCAUAUUGCCCAUCUUUGCCGGCUGGUCUCCAUGUCCGAGAUCGACUCGUUGUUGCAGACCGUCAUGUUCACCAUCUACGGGAACCAGUACGAAAGUCGGGAAGAGCAUCUGCUGCUGACCAUGUUUCAGUCUGUUCUCACGUACCAGUUCGACAACACGCCUGAAUAUUCCUCGCUCUUGCGCGCCAACACCCCAGUUUCGCGGAUGAUGACGACGUACACAAGAAGAGGGCCGGGUCAGAGCUUUUUGAAGUCGGUUCUGGCCGACAGGAUCAACAGUCUGAUCGAACUGAAGGACCUGGAUUUGGAGAUCAACCCGCUCAAGGUCUACGAGCGCAUGAUCGAACAGAUCGAGCAGGACACCGGAAGUCUGCCGGCGUCGCUGCCCAAGGGCAUCACCCAGGAGCAGGCUGCCGAAAACCCCCAGGUCCAGGCGAUUAUCGAGCCACGGCUGACCAUGUUGACCGAGAUCGCCAACGGAUUUCUGACCACCAUCAUCGAAGGAUUGGAGGAAACGCCGUACGGUAUCCGGUGGAUAUGCAAGCAGAUCCGCAGCCUGGCGAAGAGGAAAUAUCCGGAUGCUAACGACCAGGUUAUCUGCACUCUCAUCGGCGGCUUCUUCUUCCUGCGCUUCAUCAACCCUGCCAUCGUCACGCCCAAGUCCUACAUGCUCAUCGAUGGGACGCCGGCGGAGCGCCCGAGGAGGACACUCACGCUGAUUGCCAAGAUGCUGCAAAACCUGGCGAACAAACCGUCGUACUCGAAGGAGCCGUACAUGGCCAAGUUGCAGCCCUUCAUCCAUCAGAACAAAGACCGGGUCAACAAGUUCAUGCUGGACCUGUGCGAGGUCCAGGACUUCUACGAGAGCCUCGAAAUGGACAACUACGUAGCGCUUUCCAAGAAGGACCUGGAGCUGUCCAUCACGCUGAACGAAAUCUACGCCAUGCACGCCCUGAUCGAGAAGCACUCGGCCGAGCUCUGCAAGGACGAGAACUCGCACCUUUCCAUCAUCAUGGCCGAGCUCGGCCCCGCACCACCCCAGGUUCCGAGGAAGGAGAACAGAGUGCUGAACCUACCGCUGUACAGCAAGUGGGAGACCGCCAUCGACGACCUGACCGCCGCGCUCGAUAUCACCCAGGAGGAGGUAUAUUUCAUGGAGGCCAAGUCGAUCUUCGUGCAGAUCCUGCGGACCAUCCCUCAGAACUCGUCGGUGGCGAAGCGGCCUUUGCGUCUCGAGCGCAUCGCCGACGCAGCCGCCACGUCCAAGAACGAUGCGGUCAUGGUGCGCAAGGGCAUCCGGGCUAUGGAGCUGCUGAGCCAGCUGCAGGAGCUCCGGGUCGUCGACAAGAGCGAUGGCUUUGGCCUGCUCCGCGACGAGGUCGAGCAGGAGCUUCAGCACCUCGGCUCGCUCAAGGAGGGCGUCCUCGCCGAGACGCAGAAGCUCGAGGAGGUGUAUAAGACGAUCCGCGACCACAACACAUACCUGGUCGGCCAGCUCGAGACGUACAAGAACUACCUGCACAACGUCCGCAGCCAGAGCGAGGGCACGCGCCGGAAGCAGCAGAAGCAGCAGGUCUUGGGCCCGUACAAGUUCACGCACCAGCAGCUCGAGAAGGAGGGCGUCAUCCAGAAGAGCAACGUGCCGGACAACAGAAGGGCCAACAUCUACUUCAACUUCACCAGCCCGCUCCCUGGCACCUUUGUCAUCUCCCUGCACUACAAGGGACGCAACCGCGGCCUGCUCGAGCUGGACCUCAAGCUCGACGACCUGCUCGAGAUGCAAAAGGACAACCAGGACGACCUCGACCUGGAAUACGUCCAGUUCAACGUGCCCAAGGUCCUCGCGCUGCUCAACAAGCGGUUCGCCAGGAAGAAAGGGUGGUAGGGCGCCCGUUCUCGUCGUCCUUUCCUGCCUGCCUGGCUGGGGCGGGUGCGGUCUCGACCACGGCGGCGGCAGCACCAAGGCCAACGGCGCCGCGGCCAACGCGGCGGCUGCUUGUAUCACUGCCUUGUGGUUUAUGCGCCAUGUGCCUGUUUUUUCCAUCAUUUCCUCUCCUCUUCUAUCUGCGGCGCGGAUUCUGCGCAAGGGAGGUUCUAAUCGGCGUUUGAUGUUUACGACUGUAAGGGUUCAAGUUGAGUUAUUCAUGUGAUAUUGGGUUCUGGGGCCGGCUGGGCAGGGGCGGAGGAUGGGUUGAUCUCCUUCCUUCCCUUCCUGGGGCUGUUUUUCGUCUGUUGCUGAUGUCGUCUGGUGCUGUUGCUAUCAUGUCCGGUUCUGUUGCCCCGAUGUACGGCCGGGA